UGCUGCUCAUCGUAAAACCCUACCCCCUUCCCCUCCGCUCGGCACCACCAUGCUCGCCUGAACUUCUUCGCUUCGCCGGAGAACGUCGAUUCGACUUCGUGAAGAAGCUCCGAUUCCUUCGCAUCUUUCGUUUUGCCGGAGCGGAUAGAUCGGACCGUUGGCACUGGACCGAAGCAAUGCGAAACCUCAGGAAAUUGUCGCAUCGUCCUCGCCCAUGGCACGCCGAUAUGCUCUUGCGUUCCUUCUCCUCCGCAGAGACGUCUACGAAUGCCGACGCGGACCGGCUUUACGACACAAUACGGAACUUGUCGUCUACGAACGACCUGAAACAGUACUUCAAUUCGAGGAAGAUAGUCCUGUCGAAUGAGCUGGUCGAUGGCGUGCUCAAGAGGUUCAGGUUCAGCCACGGGAACCCGCUGCAAGCUCUCGAGUUCUUUCGCCACGCGAACCGCAGGAGAGGGUUCGAUCACUCCGGGUUUUCCGUGGAUACGAUGUUGUACAUUCUGGGGAGGAGUCGCAAGUUCGAUCUCAUUUGGGAGGUCUUGACUGAAAUGAAGAGGACGGAUCGGUCCACGAUCACGCCGCGGACUAUGAUGGUGGUUCUGGCCAGAGUCGCGAAGGUCUGCUCGGUGAGGCAGACCGUGGAGUCGUUUAGGAUGUUUAGGAAGUUCAUACCCGAGUUCGAUACGACUUGCUUUAAUGCGCUGUUGAGGACCUUGUGUCAGGAAAAGAGUAUGCACGAUGCGAGGAAUGUUUACCACAGUCUAAAGCGCGACUUUCAGCCAAAUUUGCAGACUUUCAAUAUACUCUUGUCGGGAUGGAAAUCCGCUGAAGAGGCCGAGAAUUUUUUUGAGGAAAUGAAGGAAAUGGGUGUGAAACCUGACAUUGUUUCAUAUAAUUCUUUAGUUGAUGUGUACUGUAAAGGUAGAGAAAUUGACAAUGCAUAUAAGGUCGUUGAGAAAAUGAGGGAAGAAGAUAUCUCGCCUGAUGUAAUCACCUAUACUAGCAUUAUCGGUGGGUUGGGGCUAAUUGGUCAGCCAGAUAAAGCUAGAGAUGUUUUGAAGGAAAUGAAGGAGUAUGGUUGCUACCCAGAUGUCGCUGCAUAUAAUGCUGCUAUUAGAAAUUAUUGUAUUGCAAAAAGGCUUGGUGAUGCGUAUAGCUUGCUGGAUGAGAUGGAGAGUAAGGGUUUAAGUCCAAAUUCGACGACAUACAAUCUGUUCUUUAGAAUUUUCUAUUGGUCGAACGACUUGCGGCAUUCUGAUGGCUUGUAUCGGAGGAUGAUGGAUGCUGGAUGUCUUCCCAAUACACAGAGUUGUAUGUUUCUAAUUAAGUUGUGUAAGAGGCAGGAGAAUGUGGACUUUGCCCUAGAGAUAUGGAAUGACAUGAUUCAGAAAGGAUUCGGAUCUUACACUUUGGUAUCAGAUGUGUUGUUUGAUUUGCUCUGUGAUGUGGGGAAGUUGGCCGAAGCUGAAAAGUGUUUCCUGCAGAUGGUAGAGAAAGGUCAUAAGCCAAGUAAUGUUUCCUUUAGGCGAAUUAAGGUGCUGAUGGAAUUGGCAAAUAGGUCCGAGGCCCUCCAGAAUUUGUCAGAGAAGAUGAGAAUACUUCAGUCCUAAGAACAAUCUCCCGAGAAUUGCGAUUGAUCGCCAGUGCUUGCCUUUGCAUGCUGAAAUUUGCUGUGCCGUGUCAUGUGCCUGAUCGUUGCAUCAAAAGUAGUGGCACCAGAUGCUUGAGGAAAUGACUUUGUGACGCAGUUGAAAUAGCUUGUGCUCAGCUUCAGUGGUCUGGAAUAAGGUGAUAAAUCGACAUGCGAUGAAGAGUUGAUCAUUGCUGCUGCACGUGAGCUCAUAGAGAAGAUGACAUGAUAUGAGACCUUGGAACAGUCAUUCAUGCCAAGCUUGAUGGAUCUGUCUGAACAGCUCUGAACAGGAUUCAGCACAUCAGCUCCAAAAACUGAGGCGCAUUAACCGAUUCCAAAGCCGAGAUGGGCUCCCUCAAGGUUUAUCCAUG